UUUUCCAAGUUUUAUGAGGAAUUUUUGCAAAGUAUGUCAGAACGAGUUUUGGAUUGUAGUUGUGAUGGGGCAGUCUCUGAAUAUACUCUAGUUUGCCAUGGGAUUCAAGGGGAAAAUGUUGUGAAAUUCGAUUCCGUUAAUUUUUCAGUCUCUUGUGGAUGUAAAUUAUUUGAAUCAAGUGGGUGGUUGUGCCGUCAUGCUUUGUAUGUACUUAAUGGGAAUAUUAAGGUUACAAAAAUCCCAUCAGCUUAUGUUUUAAAGAGAUGGACUAAGGGUGCCAAGGAUUGUAUUGUGCAUGAUGACUCUCCACAAGUGUCACCAUGUUCAUCAAAGAUUAGUCGUUAUUCCACACUGAUGCGAAAAGCUUUUGCUGUAAUGAGCUUGGCUGCCGAAGAUGAAGAUACGAUGAGAAUUGCAAUGCAAAAUUUGGACAAGAUGGUGGAGGAAAUUUUAAGGCACAAAUCCAAUCUUUUGACCAAAGAUGGUGAAGUUAACAGCGAUAGGUUUGUGAAUGCCAAUGAGGUUUCUUACUCCAUUAGCGAGACAUCAAUAACAGAUCACCCUCGAAGGAAAGCGAAGGGAGUAACAGGUGAUGGGGUUGAGAGUAAGUUGGAGAAAAAAAGGAAAAAAUCAUCCAAAGGAGCAACCUCAACCGCAAUACAGAGUCGAGAGCUGGUUGUUGGCGCUACUCUGGACGAAGCCCAUUUACUGACUCAUUUGGCACAUUCACAUCAGCUGUCAAGUGUCUUUUCUCCUUGCAAUUUUGGGGUCCUACUACAAAUCCAAGUCUUAAUAAUGGGGUGUACUGAGCGAGAGAUCAGCAAACUCUUAUGAGUAUCCUGGCAGAAAUGUGGCCAGUGAAUCUCAAGGAACUAACAUGGAAGGGUUACAAGGUGAUUAAUCCAUUGCGAGAGGCAAAGUAAAUAUGGUUUUUUGGGUAUGGAAGAUCUAACUGAUACAUGUCUAGUGUAUCUCCAUACAAUUAAGAUUAAAUUUGUGCAUGGAAUGUUGAUUGUAUAUAUCAGUACUAUGUGUGCUGGUUUAUCUUCACAUAUUGUGGAUUAUAUUACUGUAGACCCUCUGUCGUGGUGUCAUCCCUAUUUUGAGUGCUUCACAGGGAUCCUACGCUUUAUAACUUUUUUGGUCAUCCUACUAUGUUACCACUGAUGGACUCCCUUGGAGAAUCUAAUUGUAAGAGAGACUAGUUACACUAAUUGUUAAGUUAGGAUUCAUUCGUUUGUGAUGGUGCAGUUCUUGUGUUCUAUUUAAGAUUACUUUAUUUCUUUC